GAAGAAAGUGGAAAAAAAGUGGCAAAUCUCACCAUUAGUACAGGCUUUACAGCUUAGCAAACCGUUUGCGCACAAGCAGUUGUUUAGAGUUGAAAAAACCUUUAAUGGUUCCUCAAAAUAAGGAGACUUCUCCCAUCUCCUACGCACAUUUCUGCAAGAAACCAACAGAUUCGAUCACCCAAAUUCAAAUUACAGAUGCCAACUUCCUCUUAUCUCCUCCUCCACUUCUUCUUCUUCUUCUUCUUCCUUUUCAUCUCCUUAUUCUCUGCAGAUGGAACUGAACUCAUUAUAGUAAACAAUUGCAAGGAAACCAUAUGGCCUGGAAUCCUCGGCUCUGCAGGCCAUGAAACUCCUAGAGAAGGCGGUUUCGAACUCUCCAGUGGCGAGCAAACAGUUCUCCAAGUCCCUGAGCAAUGGUCAGGCAGAAUCUGGCCAAGACAAGGCUGUUGUUUCGAUGAAAACACAGGCAAAGGCUCUUGCCAGACGGGAGACUGUGGAGGCUUUUUACAAUGUGGAGGCAUCGGUGGUGUUCCUCCAGCAUCUAUAGUGGAAAUGACACUUGGGACUUCAAAUUCUGACUUGCAUUAUUAUGAUGUGAGUUUGGUUGAUGGGUUUAAUAUCCCAGUUUCUAUGGUGCCUAUAGGCGGUGGUGAAGGGUGUGGAGUCGCCGCCUGCGAGGCUGAUUUGAAUGUGUGUUGCCCUGAAGCAUUGGUUGUGAAGAGACAAGGGAAGGUGGUGGGUUGCAAAAGUGCUUGUUUGGCUACUAAGACUGAUAGAUAUUGCUGUACUGGGGAGUUUGCAGAUCCUAACAGUUGCAAGCCUACCAUUUUUGCUCAUCUUUUUAAGGCAAUUUGCCCUAGGGCUUAUAGUUUUGCGUAUGAUGAUGCUUCAGCUCUUAAGACUUGUAAGGCUCCUCGCUAUGUUGUUACCUUCUGCCCUCCUGAUAAUUGAUGGUGGCCAUUUUAGUAGGCAAUGUAGCAUUGGUCUUCCAUUAUUGCUGCUAUUAGUAUCUAACUGUUGGUAAUUUGAAUUUUGCUUAAUUAAUUUUCCUUUCUUAGAAUUAUUGAAUGAGAUUUCUUAACAGUGAUCUUCUA